AUGAAUUCACUCUUCAACUCAGCCCUCAAACAGUCUACUGCUGUCCGCCGUGACCUCGAUGCUUUCAACGAUUCUCCAACGAACACGUCGCCGGCCCUACAAGGCCAGAUACAAGCCUCCUUGACCUCAUUUCAAAGGACAAUCGACGACUAUGCAGAGAUGGCGAAGAAGGAGUUGGUACCAGCCAAGCAAGAAAAGGCGCACGACAGAGUCAAAAACUUUCGAAACGAGUUGGCAGACUAUCGACAGACUCUCAAUCAUAUGAAGAAAGACCGGGAAGACGCAGUCACCGCCCAGAAUCGUACCGAGCUUCUGGGACGCCGUCCACAUCACGCAGCAACACCCGAGAACCCCUACGCCCAAGCCCAACUAGCCCAAAAUUCGCCCUUCGCACCCCCAAGAACCAAUGGAUCUUUAUCAACCGGAGCUGGACCACAAGACUAUACGCGGGAACAGCAUGCAUUUCGCGAGCAAAGCUUCAUGUCGCAGACUAACACGGCUCUAGACGAAUAUCUGGAAAGGGGAAGGGCGGUGCUCGGAGACUUAGGUCAGCAGCGGGAGAUGCUGAAAGGGACUCAGAAAAAGCUUUAUAACGUGGCUAAUACCUUGGGGAUCAGUGGGGACACUAUCAGAAUGGUCGAGAGGAGAGCGAAACAGGACAAGUGGAUCUUUUGGGCGGGUGUCAUUGUUUUCUUUCUGUUCUGUUGGUUGGUGAUACAUUACUUGCGGUGA